UGUUAAAGGGAAUAUUUAAUCAGCCAAUCAUUUGGCAACAACUAAAUGAUAAAAGCAUGCAAACGUAACGCAAAUAACUACGCAUUAAAACAACCAUGGCUUGACAAGCCACAGGGUGUAGGCAGGGCAAAGAGGAACUGAAAGUUUACACCACCGUCACGGAAAUAGAAAACACGACUUCAGUAGACUACUGAAGGAGCAACGGUAAACAUGGAUAAAUUAAAAGCGGUGCUUAGUAUUGCGAAAACACAGCAAACGACCCUGGGAUUCGGUCUCGUGGCAUUGUUAACGGCGGGGGGAGAGCAAGUCUUUUCGGCGGUAGUGUUCAGGUGUCCUUGCAGCUCGUGGAACUUUGCCUAUGGUACAGUGUUUUUGCUCGUGCCAGCUCUGGUGCUGCUGAUUUUAGGGUACAUUCUUAGCAAUAAAACCUGGAAAAUGUUCACAGGUCUCUGUUUUCGUAAACGCACCCCAUUCCGUUUGAGAAACACCUGCGUGUUUUUAAAAAUGUUUAUGCAGAUUAGCACCACUGCGAUGGUUGCUCCCGUUAGCUGGAUAGCGGUCGCGCUUCUAAAUGGCAUUUAUUUUGAGUGUGCCCGGACUGGUUUAAAUUCGACCCUAUUCCAGGAUUAUCUAUGUUUAGGCAAAGCACCACAGUGUCAGAGCGAGCUCCACAGGUUUCCUUGUGGAAAGUCUUCUGUCCCUGAGAAGGAGGAUGUCCUGGCGACUAUUCGCGCCGAGUCGCAGGUUCUUGGCUGGUUGCUGAUUGCCUCCAUAAUGACUGCAGCCCUGCUGUUAACGUGUGUGGCCAGGUGUCGUUCUCCAAUCAGCUACGUGCAGCUGAAGUUCUGGCAGGUGUACGCUCAGAAAGAAUCGGACUUGCUGGACAGGAGACCCAAACACAGACCAGGGGAUAUUCAGAAAAUGUUGUUUAUUUCAGUCCGAGAUUCAAAGCCAGGUAAUACAGUAAACACAGUGCCACAUCGAGAUGCAAGAGGGGAGUCACAAAAACAGUCCAAAGGUCAAAUAUCCAAGAGAUCAGAAAGGCAGAGGUACAAAGGAGUAGGCAUAAACAAAAACAAAAAAAUCACAGCAAACAAAACAGAAGGGAAUAGGAAAACUCGAAGUCAGGUAAAGGGUGUCUCGGUAAUCUCAAGUAUAACAGGCUUACUAGUAAUCGGCACUGAAAUAUUGAUCAACGUUCUGGCAAUGUGUACUACUGAGACUGGGGUUUGGGAGUGAGGAUGAUCUAACAAAUAAACAUCAGGUGAGAAACAGGGACGGGUAAUAAUACAAUAACGAGGGGGGAACAAAAACGUGGACUGGAUUCACGUAGACACACGUAAUACAAACGGUUCCAGACUAGGGAGUAGACAAUUGCACAGAGUUAAGGAAUGUAGUGAUAGGGGAGAGCAGGUGCGAACACUUCGCUGAAUCAAGGCAAGCAAUUCGAGAUAGAACAGAGAGGUGGAGUUAUAGAGCAGUAUUGAAAUAGAGGUAAUGUUAGUUUGUUAGUUAACAUGAUUAAAUUGCAAUGACCUAAAACUAGUGACUGUUAGUAAGUUAACAAAGUAAUUAGUAACUAGUGACAUGAAUAAUGGAAAUUAUUUUUUACAAGAAUUAGAACAAGGAACAUUACAGUAUCACAUACAGCAGUAGAUUCUUUGCCACUUUCAUUGAUAUUAAAAUGUUAUUUGCCUCUUUGUAUUUCUCAAUUUUGUUGUUCUUAAUUUCAUAUAUAACAUUUAGCAGUGUCAAAAUAUAUUUUCAUUUUUAAUCAGAAAAUUGAUAUGUUAUUUUGACAUUGAUUCUAGGUUUAUAUUCAGUACUAUGUGAAAAUGAAAUAUAAUAUAAAGAGGCUGAAACACAGUGAAAUGUUCAGUGUAGAAACAACUCUUACAGGGUACACGUGGUCCCGAUUGAACUCAUAUGUAUUUUGUUAGGGUUGAAUUGACAUUAUUUGUGAGCAAAAAAGGUAAACUCCUUUGUUUGUGACAAUAAGGCCUCAGGCGGACACACAUUUUCUGUUUUUACAAUGGAUCAGUGACAACAGCACAUGUUCUCUAUUUUGCAUAAAUUUGAGUAAGGUACUGUUUAAGAUAUACCAACAUGUUUUAAGACUUUCCUGACAAUUUCAUAGGUAUUUAUUGUAUAUUGCCUGAACAAAAUAUGUUUUACAUUUAACUGCCACUUAUGUUUAAACAUACACUUUAUGGUAAAUGCUAUCUGCUCUGUUGCAGUAUUGAAAUGAUGGCAUGUCAAAGCUCACAAAAAAGAAACCAGUUCCAUACCAUGCAUAUGAACAGCUGACAUACAGCAUGUAGACCAGAAAAGCCACAUCCUGCUGGCACCGGAAAGAACAGCAGGCUCAUCAUGUGAAUCUAAUCUCAGGAGAAAAUACCAUUGUGUGUUUACAAUGGAAUCAACACAUAACUCAAUGAGUGUAUAUAAACUAAUUCCAAUAAAUGUCUAUUUGUUUGUAUGAAUGAUUGUCCUCUUUUUUUA